AAGAACGUUUUCAGCAUACUAGCGCAUUUGAUUAAAUGAUAAUGAUUGCGGUUUUAAUUUUUAGUACGGUAGACAACGUGAUAGUUAGAUACGAGAUACUACUAUUUCAAUUUCAUCCCUCCACAACAAAUACCAACCUACGAUUUUUGUCGACUGACUGUCCAAAUAUGCUUGAACGAGGAAGCCGAAUGAACAGGCAUAAACUUAUCAGUAUCACGCGAGUUAGCAACUCACUUAGGUAGAGAGAGAGAUAAAAAUAAAAGUCAUUCAUUUAAGAUUUUUUGAUUAGCGGACGAUGAGAUCAGUGUUCCUCAAGCAGUUCUGAUACAAUGAAUAUUUUGGUAUGUGCUAUUUUGUUAAUGUUUGUUUUCGGAUGGGAAUCCGCCGAAACAGCAAAAAUUUUAGGAGUUUUUCCUACCCCUUCAAAGUCACAUUGGAUACUCGGUUCUUCGUUGCUGAAGGAACUGGCACUGGACGGACAUGAGAUCACUGACAUGAGCCCGUUUAAACUAUCGAAACCGCCCACCAAUUAUCAUCACAUCGAAAUUGAAAUCGACAAGGAAUUCUUCGAUGAUUGGCUUGAUAAAGUAUUCAAAGAUACCGCAAAAAGUCCGAUUCAAAAAAUGAUCGAAAUGUACACAGUUAUAAAUAAUUUAUCCAAUACCACUCUCCAUUCGCCGGAAGUGCAGAAACUACUACAAUCCGAUCAGAAAUUCGAUUUGUUGAUAUUGGAAAUCUUCUUUGAUCACGCUCUGCUCGGAUUUGCGGAACACUUCAACUGUCCGGUUAUCGGACUUACCACCCAUGGUGUAGUGAACUGGAUCAACAUAUUGGUUGGAACUCCACAGCCUUUAUCGUACGUGCCACACGUGCAUCUGAGCUUUACCGAUCGUAUGAGCUUCUGGCAAAGGUUUGCUAACGUUCUUUUCAACGUUUUGGAUGACACUUUGAUGUCCAUAUUGAUCGAUCCAGUCCAAGAUCAGCUGUAUCGAGAAGCAUUCCCAAAUGCCAAGAGGUCAUUGGAAGAAAUGAAGAAGCACGCGGUAUCGGUGAUACUGGUUAACAGUCACUUCAGUCUGAGUUUUCCACGUCCAUAUGUUCCGAAUAUGAUCGAGAUCGGAGGAUUCCACGUGAAUCGUAAGGUCAACCCAUUACCGUCGAACAUUCUUAACUUUAUUGAAAACUCUACGCACGGUGUAAUCUACUUUUCCUUGGGCUCGAAUAUCAAACCAUCUAAACUGGAUCCCGAGAAGCGUGAUGCUAUUUUGAACUCGCUAUCAAAACUUAAGCAAACCGUAAUCUGGAAAUGGGAUGACGAAUCUCUGUUGCUGGACAAAAACAAGUAUCUACUGGGCAAGUGGCUUCCACAGGACGACAUUUUGGCUCACCCCAACGUAAAACUAUUUAUAACCCACGGUGGACUACUGAGUUGCACCGAGUCGAUUCACCAUGGAAAGCCCGUCGUUGGAAUACCAGUCUUUGGAGAUCAACUUUUGAAUAUGGCUCGCGCCGAAUUGGCCGGUUGGGGCGUAGGAGUUAGUCUGGGAAACCUAACCGAGCAAUCGUUCAAUUAUGCACUAAACGAGGUGCUUAAUAAUGUCAAAUAUACGAAGAAUGUGCAGACCAUUUCAAAACGACUGCGCGAUCAACCGCUGCCUGCAAUGGACAUGGCGAAAUACUGGGUGAACUAUGUUCUCCGCCAUGAUGGUGCAGAACACUUGAAAUCCUCUGCCCAGCAUCUUAACUUUAUCGAGUAUAACAAUCUUGACGUAUAUGUUCUCAUUGCCGCCGGAUGCGGAUUGAUUCUUGGUCUGUUAGUAAAAAUAAUUUGUUUGAUAUCCAUGAUUUUCAAAGGACAAUCACAGCGUCGGAAAAAGAGUAAACAGAGCUAGUGUGAGCUUUAAAGAAAGGAAGUUAGUUUGCAUGCCAAAGAAAUAAAAUAGAAGAGCACUGCUCAAAGUUAUUUGUCAUAUGAUUCACACUGCUCUUUUACGUUUUACGCUAUAUUAUGCUACUAUAGUGAAUAUACGGAUGCACAUAAAAUAAA